AUGUACAACUUCGGACAAAUUCUCAGCAUUUCCGCCUUGCUUCUAGCAAGUGCGACCGCCUCGAACGUUACCACUAAGAGAUGGGAGACGACUGCAUGCUGCGAGGAGAUGACCGAUUGCACCACGCUCAGCGGUGAACAAGAUGGACUCAAAUGGUGUGUUGGUUACUUCGAGGGAAACACCGAAUGGACGCAGGGCGAUUCCGAUGCCACUCAGUGCUUGACGUACUUGCACUAUACGCAAGACGACAAAUGCAUCUCAAAGUCUGGUAGUCGCUGCGAUACUGGUGGCGACUCUCCAAACGUCGCAAUCGUUGACGACGGCUUCUGGUACGGAGACUACCAGCUGUCGAGUGCAGACAUGUCCGCUAUCAACGCUGCUAUUCAAGCUUUGGUCGGAACGGGUAUUGACAUGAGCACAUCCCAGGCCGGUGAUUUGGGAACCCUGGUCUUUGCGCAUGUUGCCGACAAUGGAUCCGGAAUUAACUCCAUCGAGGUGUUCAACUCUGGAAGUUGCUAG